AUGCUUGGAACAGCCUUGAUGCUCAGUCGUGUCACAGGUGCAAGGAAACGCGCGUUGCACGUGUUGUCCUCUUGCGAGGCGCGAGGCGUGAGUAAGCUCGCAGAGCUAAAUAAACGUCUUCGCGAGGACGAGGCAGAGCGUGUAUUUAUGGCGAAAAUUCGGGAGGACCGCAAACGGCGGGAAAAAGUGAUUGCCAAGGCACUUCGACGGGCACUUGCCAAAAGGGCAAAGGGGGAGUCGAGGCUUCUGCGCCAAUAUGAGGCCAACAAGGUGAUGGCCGCCAAAGAAUUGCAGAGAAUGAAGGAAAAGUUGGAAGCGCCUCCCGAAGCUCUGAAAUCCCUCAGUAUACCUCGAGUAAAAAAGGCAAUGAUCUUACCGGAGGAAAAAAAGCGGCGCGGUGAGGCGGAGUGUGAGGCAGAGCGUGAGGCGAAGCGUGAGGCAGAGCGUGAGGCAGAGCGAAACUUUUAUGAGAUGAUCGAGAAACUGCGGAGGAGGCGCGAAUCGGAAAUGCUGGCAGAAAAUGGGUUUAGAGAGCGCCUCGAUGUACACGCGCCAACUGUCAAGGAGGAGGCAUAUAAUUUGUAUGGCAGUGAGUUUUCUGGCGCGCCAACAGUGAACGAGGAAUCAACCGAUUCCCUAACCGCCCAAGACGGUCUUGGCACAGGCCAACUGGCGGCUGCGGCUGCGGAGGUAGUUGAACAGCCGGUUGCAAAGAGUAUGGAGGAAACAAGGGAAGAGCCAGGGCUCAGGGUAGCCCCCGAAGAACCUUCCCUUGUGGUUUCGGACAAGGCAGCCCAGAAAGUACAGGGUGGACGCGUUGCAAAAACAAGAACGAGGACGCUGCAACCGAAGCAGGAACACGUAAAACCCCACGAGAAAGGAAUUGGAAAAACACCUGUGAAGGAGCAUGUGCCCGCCGCUCAUCAAAUGAUGGAGCAUGAGCCCAUGACUCAGCAAAUGGUGGCCGACAAUUUUGCUGGUUACUACCCAAGAACUGUUGACCAAGUUCAACCAUCUGCGUUCCAACGACCACUUCAUGCAGUUUCGCUAACUGGUUUCAAUGAGCCUCCGUUGAUCUCUUCAGUGGGGAAUACGCUGGAUUUUGGACAUCGGCGAGUACAGCCGUUGCCAUUACUUGAGGCACCCGUCAUCCCUCUGCGUCCACGGGCUUUCGAUGCAUUUCCUCCCGUAGUGCGGAUGGCGCCGGGUAUGCCGAUAAGUUUCCCCCACAAUAUACCUUUUGUGCGAUCAGCUAAAGAGCGUCUAGCUACGGGCUCUGGACUGCAUCGCCUAUAG